AUGAUGCCUUUACGCUUUAUAUUUCUUUCGUUCUUUAUAAGCUUUAUUUAUACACAAUCAUGUCGAGAAAGUGACUUACAAAUAAAAAGCACAAGUUGUGAUACCUCUGGAAGUAGAUGGCUUUUCAAAAUACCAAAGGAUGAUAGAAAAUGUGACCUAAACAGUUUGAGUUUACCAAGGAAAGUAGACAAUUGUGAGACAACUUGUCCAAGUGGAAUGCAUCUUAACCUAUUGUCACAGAACUGUGAGGUCUGUCCAUCCGGAACGUAUUCAACAGGUGAUAUGCUUGAAGUAACGAAAUGGGAUUCGAUGCCAGAUUUUCUGACCUCUGAUACAACGUACGGAAGUUUAACUAAUGAAAAAUGCAACUUAACUGGUUGGUCACCUCAAGGUAAACACCUAGUUGGAAAAACAACAGGCAGUUGCACUGUGAUACUUUCAAUGAAAGUUCAUAAUCUUAAGCCUGGAACAAUAACGUUUACAUAUCAAGUUGAAGAAUAUGGAGCAUUGGCUUUCUUUAUUAUAAGAAAUGAACGAUGUACACAAUUACCCGGUGGGAGUUUUCUUUUAGGUCUUACCGGAUCGUAUGCAUAUGAGACUGUGACAUUCAGCGUUCCAGUUGGCCAUAAUAUUCUUCAAUGGUAUUUACUUGUUGAAAAUGUUUAUAUACAACAAUUGUAUGGAUUAAAAGAUCCUGAAUUACAUAUUAAAGAAAUUCGUUUAACUGGAACUCCACCAGUGACUGUAUGUACGCCAUGUGCAGCUGGCAGUUUUGGACCACGAGAAAAAGCUGAUCGUUGUGAGUUAUGUCCAAGAAACACAUAUUCAGCUGAAGGAGCCGAAUCAUGUAAAUCAUGUCCAGCAGAUCAGUAUUCAGGUAAUGGAUCUUCAAGUUGUAGUCCACGUCCUCCAUGUAAGAAAGAUGAUUAUACAAGUUAUUGGACAUCGUGUGAUCAACAACAAAUGACACAACGUAAAUGGAAGUGGAUUGAACCAAAAAUAUGUGAUGAAAAUAGUGGUGUUUCUUUACCACAACCAGAGAGUCCAGUAGAUUGUCACAAGUGUCCAACUGGUACAUUUCCAUUAGAUGGUAAUACAUGUGAAUUAUGCUCAGUUGGUAUGAAGAAACAUUUAUCAAAUUUAGAAACUUGUGUUACAUGUCCAACUAAUGAAGUUCCAAUGUAUGGUUUACGUUUUGAUAAUUGGUAUCGUAUGCCGUCUAUACUGAAAUUGGAUUGUUACAAUUUCUUUGGGACGAAAUGUAAUACAUGGGAACGUGAUCUAACAUUAUUACGUGGUGGAGUUGGCAUGCAUUCAGAUGAAUUGGCAACAUUGGAACUCCCAAUUAAGGAUGGUUUUAUUACAGCAUCAAUAAUUGAUUCAACUGACGAGUAUUCUUUUUAUUUUCAGCCACCUAUCUCUAAUACAUUUGUACGUAUUGAAUUUCAAUUAGAUUGUGUUGGUAGAUGUCAGUUUUCUAUGAAACAAGUUUUUGUCGCUGGUAAUGAAAAAAUGAUUGCUAUCUGGGGUGGAUCAUCAAACCGAAGAAAUUUCACGUAUCAUAUAAAAGAUGCAAGUGAAGUUACAUUUAAGUGGAUUUUUGAAAAACCAAGCUCACCAAUUCAUAUACAAGAUCAUGUAAAUAUUUAUAAAAUUGAAGUAACCAAUGUGAAAAAUGAUAAUAUUAUCGGAUGUCAAACAUGUGUUCAAGGAAUUGUCAAUGGAAAGUGUAAAACUUGUCCAUCUGGUCUAUAUUAUUCAGUACAAUAUGAUGAAAUUAAUAAAACAAAUAUAAUCAAUUGUACAAAAUGUCCAAAUAAUUCCAUUGUAGUUGGUGAUGCAUCCAGUUUACAUACAGUUACAGAAGCAUGUCAUUUAUGUGAACCAGGUACGAUUGCAGUGAAUCAUAGUAUAUGUGUGACUGAUACACAACCAAUUACAGCGUCUGGUUCUCAAUAUAAUUUAACUGAUGUGAUUGACAGAGUUCAUCAUGUCUCCAGUCCAAAAAUGUUUACUCCAUCAGGAACAGGGUACUAUCAUGAAUUUCUUAUAAGUAUGGCAUAUGGUAAAACAGUCCAAUGUAUAGAGAAUUCUUCAAUUUAUGAUCAACAUACCGUGAAUGCUUCAAUUUGUCGACAUACGAGGUUUGAGGCGUCCAAUCAAAGGCGUACAGAAACAUACUCAAAACCAACAAGACUAGCUGAUCGCCUUAUUCGUAUGGUGCCCAGUAACGUGACACUAGACUUUUGGCAAGAAGUAAACAAAAAUUUGACAAAAGCAGGCUGGAUGGAAGACAAAUUCGGUAACGAUUUACAUUAUAUAUUUGCUUCUGACGAUCAUAGUUCCAAUUGUCCUCAUGGACGAACUACAGUCCUUACAUUACGAUGUGUAUUUACUCAAAAUUUUGAAACAUUCAUGUAUCAAGUAAAAGAUUUCAGUGAAUAUAUAACUGGUAAAAUUGAAUUACCACCAUUGUGUCCAGAUGGUACUUGUGAUGGAUGUACUUAUCAUUUUCUAUGGACUUCAAUGUAUGCUUGUCGCAUGUGUCAAGAAAAUGAUUAUGAAAAAAUUCUUAGUGAGUGUAGUUAUGGUCGUAGACAGGUUCAUCUUCGUGCUCCAUGGGAAUGUCGUGUUCCACAGAACAGAAAUCUCACCCUCAUUGAAAGUUGUCCACUUUUGUCUAAAUCUCAAACAGCCGCCGUUUUAUUGACUGUAAUAAUUCUAAUUAUUUUAGGAUUAAUCAUCUUCAUGUGUCAUCGUCGAAAUAAGAAACUAGAAUAUAAAUACAUGAAACUUGUUCAAAGUACAUCGGGGAAAAAUCAAGUAACUAGUUGUGCAAUAGAAGGUGACGGCGAUAUGGAUAAAGGAGGAAGUGUAUAUUACACUACAAUGAAUAAUAAUAAUAACAGUAAUAAUAAUAAUAAUAAUAAUGAUAAUUAUAAUAAAACACGAAUUAAAUCACCUCCAAGUUAUGCUGAUUCAACUGGAAUUGUAUUAGAACCAAAUGAAUUUUUGAAAAAUGAUCAUUUCACACAAAUGGGAUUUAAGGGAUUGCCUAAAGUGAAUCUCCCACCGAUUAUCUAUAAAAGCAAAUCGGAUACAGACCGUGACAUUCUUACAGAGAAUGAUCAUGUUUUAUGA